UUUGCCCUUACUAGACAUGGCGCUGGCCAGUGUGUUGGAGAGGCCGCUACCGGUGAACCGGCGCGGGUUUUUCGGACUCGGGGGUCGUGCAGAUCUCCUGGACCUGGGUCCCGGAAGUCCCAGUGAUGGGCUGAGCCUGGCCGCGCCCAGCUGGGGUGUCCCAGAGGAGCCGAGAAUCGAAAUGCUUCAUGGAACCACCACCCUGGCCUUCAAGUUUCAACAUGGAGUCAUUGUUGCAGCGGACUCCCGGGCCACAGCGGGUGCCUACAUUGCCUCCCAGACAGUAAAGAAGGUGAUAGAGAUCAACCCCUACUUGCUGGGCACCAUGGCUGGAGGGGCAGCCGAUUGCAGCUUCUGGGAGCGGCUGCUGGCUCGGCAAUGUCGAAUCUAUGAACUUCGAAACAAGGAACGCAUCUCGGUAGCAGCUGCCUCCAAGCUGCUGGCCAACAUGGUGUAUCAGUAUAAGGGCAUGGGGCUGUCCAUGGGCACCAUGAUCUGUGGCUGGGAUAAGAGAGGCCCUGGCCUCUACUAUGUGGACAGUGAAGGAAACCGGAUCUCAGGGACCACCUUCUCUGUAGGUUCUGGCUCUGUGUAUGCUUAUGGGGUCAUGGAUCGGGGCUACUCCUAUGACCUGGAGGUGGAAGAGGCCUAUGAUCUGGCCCGACGAGCCAUCUACCAAGCCACCUACAGAGAUGCCUACUCAGGAGGUGCGGUCAACCUCUACCAUGUCCGGGAGGAUGGCUGGAUCCGAGUCUCCAGUGACAAUGUAGCUGAUCUACAUGACAAGUAUAGUGGAUCUGCCCCCUGAAGGAGGGUGGAUGUGGCUAUUUUGCAUUUGUUGGGGGGGUGACUUUCGUUGGUAAUCUGGGUAUAGCACCCCAUCCUAUAGUGGAGGCGUCCCCGAUUAUAUUGAUAAUUUUGUUAAGCUCUGGUGCGUUGACCUCUGUGUUUCCAGUUGUUAAUGAGAUGCUGCAGAGGUGAUUAUUUGUUUUACUUUCUUGGAUGUCAACAUUACACUACUCGACUUCA